AUGUGGAGAAGGAGCGUGGUGUUAGUCCUGCUGACAUCUCUCACACUGUCAGCACAAGCUCAAGAAAGUGGGCAGGGCGCCUCUUCAUCAUCAGCAUCGGCGCCAGGGACGACCCCCGUCCUGAACAAUCCCACAGCAUCGGCGUCUCAGUCUCCUGCUGCUGCUACGAACGUGUCGGGUGCUACCACCAGCAGUGGUGCCGUUCCUACUAGCACAGCAGUGCCAGUCGUCGAUCUCGGAUCCGCAACAGUGCCAUUUCUGUAUGCACAACCAUCAGCCCAAGCUACGGCCACAGCGUCGGGCGCUACGAGAGCCUCACGCCGACCCAUCACAGGUCCAGCAUUCAAAGGCUGUCAAGCUUCCAAAAUCACCCGGUACGCUCAACCUGAAAGCUUGCUCAACGUAUCGGCUGUAUGGUCUCAAUUCGAUACCGACCUCUCGGCCACCUAUCAGGGCAUUGACCCGCCCUCGUACGGUACGCUGCGCAUGGUCAGUCUGGCGGCAGUGGACAAGCAAAGCUUCGCGUUCAGUAGCGCUUCGGGCUUUAUUAGUAAGUCGGGGGCAGGGUGUGGCGUGGGAGCAGAGCAAUGGAAAGGCUGAGGCACCUUCUUUUGGCAUGCAGGUGCGAUACAAGUGCAGUCAGAGAUUCUCACUGUGCCGAUCUUCAGCAACACGACGUUUGUCUGUGAUCGACUGUUUCCCACGCAGACAGAUAGUCAGAACCCGGGCGUUACUGGCACAUGCCAGUACGGACCUGGACAGGUGGCUUUCGGCGUUGACAUACCUCUCAAUCAGUCUUACGAAGCUACGACGUUGUGGACUACGAUUACUCUGGUGGACCCUACUAGCCCAGCUCUGACGCUCGCCUGCAUCGAAGUACCGGUGACUCCCUACAACGCGGAUCGGUGGUACUGGAGGGUGGUGCUAUGGAUACCCAUCGCAUCAGCGAUCGCAUUCUUUGUGCUGGCCAGCAUCGCUGCACUCACUACAGCGGUCACCUCGAGGAUACGCGCAUUCAAACACCGGGCCAGGGAGGGGGGUGCGCCGACCUUUAUAAAGGAUAAGCUGUCUCCGACCCUCAUAUCUAGUCUCAGCGGCCAAGGCGCCGUCAUGAGCCCGGCACUGCUUCGAUUCGUCACACCAGGAUGCUGGGAUAUCAUUCAUCACCUUCAAUUCGUCGCGGGGGUUGCAAUGCUGGCACUCAGGUGGCCCGAUUUCGCAUACUUGUUCUUCAAACAAGCUGCUUGGUCCACCCUCGUUGGCAACGUGACACUUGUUCAGAACUCGACCAUAGAUGCUCUGGAGACUGGUGCGCGCCUGCCGGCUGGCGAUGUCGGCACGCAGAUGGGUGUUCGAGAGUCACCACUGUAUCUCGACCCCGCAAUGCCCAAUCAGCUCCUCGACAUGGGCAAUGUGCAUACCGGGAUCGAGGCUUUCGCGCGAAUAGUCGGUCUUCGAGCGUCCGAGCUCUUUGGAACAUGCUUGGCCAUCUGGCUCAUCAUAGUGGCUGCGCUCUGUGGCAUCAGCGUCGUAGCUUGGCUCACUGAUCUCAUUGGCGAGUCCUGGGCCAAGAGGCAAAACGACGACGGGCUCGUGGGCUUGCAACCUGCUUCGCGUAGGAGCAGCGAAGACGUCGGUAGGUCCGGCUCGCUGCAUGCGGAAGGCGAGCUGAAGGCAGGUCUUGUCGUUGACGAAGAUGGAAACAUGAGGGAGACUAAGCGCAGCGGCUACGCUUUCCUUGGAGUACUUCCUGGAUUCCGGCCUGGCGGCCGCAUGCACACCGGUCUCAGCUUCCAUCUCAAGGUACUCCACGGUAAUCUUGUUCGCGCCUUAGCACUCUUCCAUUUUCCGAUUACCAUCUUUAGCGUAUACCAAUUCGCAAGAGCCAGCUCCCACUCGACCACGUCGGUCGCUCUAGCGGCGCUGGCUUUCGCCAUCCUAUCGAUCUUGGCGCCAAUCUACCUCAUUGUGCGCAUCGCACGAACUGAAACUUCCAAGCUCUACGAUGAUAUCGGCACCUUGGUGGCUCUUGGACCUGUCUAUAACACCUACUCACCUGGCUCCCAGCUCUUCUUCAUCGUUAGCUACGCGCACAGCCUCAUCUUGGGUAUAGUGAUCGGCGCGGCACAGCAGAGCGGAUCUGCGCAAGCGAUCUUGUUUGUCGUCUUAGAGCUGCUCGCUGGCCUCGCAGUUGGUCUCUGGCUCCCAUGGCCGGAAGGCGCAUGGAUGGGACCCGUAUCAUUCGCGACAAGCGUGAUUCGUAUCAUCACUGCAAUCCUCGCCGUCCUUCUGACGCCGGUGGUCAACUUUGGCCGCCAAGCGACUGGGUGGCUGACAUACGUCGUGCUUCUGAUGCAGGGCAUCUUCUUUGCGAUGAUGCUGUUCGCGAUUGUGGCCAAGAUCCUCGAAGCCUUGAUCCGUCUCGUAUGGCGGGUGCCUUUCGACGAUCGCGUCUCACCACGAACAGCCGGCCUCGGCGGGGCCAUCAGGAGGAUACGCAGACGGAAGUACAAAACGUUGCAGUUGCGCCGCAAGGAAAAGAACGUGCGCGAAAAAGGACACCGCUCAGACGACAGUAGCGUGCGAUCACCCAUCAUUGUGCAAGGGUCUGGUCCUGCGGGUCGAAGUCCUGCCUCGGCCGGAGCCAUACCGCUCACUCAUUCCCGACAAGGCUCGUAUGCUAGCUACCUCGACAGCCGGCUGUUUGCCAAUGCAGCACAGGCUAGCCCUGCAGGUACCGCCUCGCGCCCUUCGCCGGGUGCUCGAUCUCCGGAUUUGAUAGGCUCUGCAAAUCCUUACUCUGUCUACUACCGCACUGCGCCCGAUGACGACGAUCACAUCAUGGCUGCAUUACCGCCGCAAUCGCCGGGAUGGUCGGCACCGACCAGUGCAGCGCUCACACCCAUCGGGGCCAUUGACGCGGUGAGGUCUGGCGGUACGCCGAUCAACAGUGACGCAGCAAGCUCCCCUGCACCUGCAGGCUUUGUACGUGUGGGAGGCGGGAAGGCGACCGAGGCUAACCCUUACUCAACGCUGCCCUCAUCAUCGCGGCCUCAGCUGCCACACAGCACCAAGAGUCGCAGAAGUCUUCAGGCGCACAUCGCGUUGUGGGGCGAAGAACCUGGCGCAAUGGCCAUGGAUCCUCGCAACGCCGUCUACGCGGAUGAGGAGGAAGAUCGACGGAGGCAAGCGGCAGUAACUCUUUCCAGCACAGGAGCGGCCGCUGCAGCUUCUUCGGCUGCAAGAGGGCAGACAGCCCUAAAGCAGGCGGGCAAGCGUCCACGCGUGGAUUUCCCAAUGUGGAAUCGGCGACAGAAUGAGUCGGUAGCGCCAGGAGAGAGCGAAGAUUGGAGCGAUGAGGAGACGACGUGGGAGACGAGUGCUGCGGCGCGAGGCAGAGGUCCGUGGGCUGGAGUCGCUAAGAUGAGCGCGCUGCUCCGUCGCCUGGGAGGAGCGAAAGAGGUCAAUGCAGAUGGAACUUUCUCGUCCAGCGGCACCGAAUCCAUACCUCCUGCACCAAAUUCGGGCAAAAGCUUCCAAGUGGUUAGGGCACCUCGACCUGGAGGUGGAGGAGGAAGCGGACCUCGGACUCCCGUUGAACAAGCCACGUCUUCGAAACCUGUGGCCCAAGGACAAUCUUCUUCUGUCGAGCCAGACUCCACCGCGCUAGCAGCAGCAGCAGCUGCCGCUGCGCAAGCCAACGUUCCUCCUUCAGCUCAGAAGGAAUGGAGAGAGAGCAGCUUGGAGACCUCGCCAAAGGCCAAAAGGAAGAGCCUUGCUAGCAUGAAGGAGCUGAAGCACGAUGAAGCGCUAGCUCAAGCUCGCUUGGGUAUUCUUGGUGCUGACAUGGAAAGAGCAUCGAGUGCUGGGCAUUCGGAUGCGGAAGAGAAUGCCGAUGACGCAUUUUGGCUCGCAGGCCCGGCUCGUACCGGCGGUGAAGGUGUGGUCCAAUCCUCCGACUCGCCCCCUGGUAGUGCAGCCAAGAGGGCGCAGCAGAGCUCUUCGAGCAGCGGCGACACUAGCCUUGGUCGGAAAGCCCCAACAAGCGCUAGGUUUGUUCAGGUCCUUCAGCCAGACGGUACUUCCUCCACCCGCAGCGGUCGCGUAUCUGAUGCUCCGCCACAUCUCGAGUUCAAUUUCUGA